AUGUCCCAAGUCACCCUCUACUCCUAUCCCACCCCCAACGGUGUGUCCGUUUCCAUCUUACUAGAAGAACUCGGAAUCGCCUACAACCCCGUCCGAAUAUCCGUCUCCGAUUCCGACAAGGGUAAAAUCCACAACCAUGUAAAGUCCCCUUGGUUCUUGGAAAUCUCCCCCAACGGUCGUAUCCCCGCCAUCACCCAUGAUGAAUUCAGAGUCUUCGAGACGAGUGCUAUUCUUCUUUAUCUCCAAGCCGAGUUCGAUAAUGAGAAUAAGUACGGGUAUAGUCCGGUUGAGAGCCCGAAGGAGUAUAGUGAGCUUUUGCAGUGGUUGUUUUUUGCGCAUGGAGGUGUAGGACCCACACAAGGCCAAGCUAACCACUUCAAUUUGUAUGCAUCGGAGAAGAUUCCGUACGCUCAGGACCGUUUUCUCAAUGAACUUAGGAACCUUUAUGCCGUCCUUGAAUCCCGGCUAUCGAAGCACGAGUAUUUGGUCGGUCAAAAGUAUACGAUCGCUGAUAUCAAGGCUUUUGCAUGGGUACGUCGCGCCCCCAUUCUCAAAAUCGACUUGAAGGAGUUCCCUGCGUUGAAGGCUUGGGUGGAUCGAAUUGAGAGUCGACCUGCUGUUCAGAGAGGUCUGACAAUUCCCGCUGAAACGAACUGA